AUGAACUUCUUCGCUGCUUUUGGCGGUGCCCCUACCGUCCAGACCCGAAAAGCCCUCCUCCUACUCGACUUCCAAAACGACUUUGUUCGUCCCUCUGGGGCUUUAUAUGUCCCCAACACCGCCGAAUUUCUCGAUACUCUGCCUCAUCUCGCCAGUGCCUUUCGUUCUACGGGAAGCGUAUUUUGGAUACAAUCGUACUAUGAGACUCGUUGCGAGCUGGUCGACGCGAAUGAGCAGGGCCUGGUGGUGCUAGGUCGCGGGGAAGACCACAGCAAAAAGAAGAGUCAUACAGGCAACGAACAGAAUGACGAAGAAGCCUUUCUAUCCGCGGAAUCUUCUCGAUGCGGCGAUUCUCACAGUCCGGGGGGACAACUGCCUGCGCCGAUUGUAGCUGCCUUUGACUCACAGCAUGACAUUCUGACCACCAAAUCCGACUAUUCUGCUUUGCGCAACGACCGACUUGUUCUGACUCUUCGCUCCCAACUCAUCACAGAAAUCUACAUCUGCGGUUCUUUGUCCAACGUAUCCGUCUACGCGACUGUUCUCGACGCUGCUAGCUUGGGUUUUUCUGUUACUUUAGUUGAAGACUGUUUGGGCUUUCGCAGUUUCGAGCGACACGAAGAAGCAAUGAGGCGCAUGGCUGAUAUCUUUGGUGCAAACGGCAUAACAUCUAGGGAACUCAUGCAAGAACUCGACUGGCAGAAAACGGAUCGCAUUGCCGAAAAGGGAGAUUCCAAGCCACGACCGGCUAGAUCUACAGGCAUAGAAGAUGUUCUGGAUAACUUUGAUUUUCGGGCUACGGAUGGCCAUGAGCCUGAUGGUGUGAACGACGAGGAGGAUGAGAAACCGGGCCUCAAGAUCGCCCGCGCUAAGGAUCGUUAUGGUCCACCCCGAGAACAUGCGGAUAAGAAGGUACGCCCAAGAGUGCGCCGGGUUAGACGGCCAGAUGAGAAGCCAGAGACCAGUUCACGAUCUGAUGCUCGACGUGUGCGCAGAUCGAAGCAAUCCCAGGACCUCCGCGGACCAGGCGAUGUGAUCGGAGAGGGCGAUUCUCGCAUUGUCCAUGACUUGGACUUGCCGUCAGAUGCGUUUGAAAAAAUUCGACGCGAGGUGGCAUGGCAGAAAAUGUACCAUAUGUCAGGCCAGGUCCCACGACUGGUAGCUGUCCAGGGAAGGGCACAGGUUGAUGGGUCGAUUCCGAUCUACCGUCAUCCAGCCGACGAAUCACCACCUUUGCAUCCAUUUACGGAGAUGGUCGAUCGGAUUCGUGCCAUUGUUGAGCAGAUUCUGGGCCACCCACUGAAUCACGUCCUGAUCCAGCUGUACCGAGAUGGCCAGGAUCGCAUCUCAGAGCACUCUGACAAGACGCUGGACAUUGCCCGUGAUUCGUACAUCUGUAAUGUCAGCUUGGGUGCUCAGCGUGUCAUGGUCCUUCGCACGAAGACUGCCGAAGAAGAUUCGACCAAGCAGUCGCAGCGCAUUCCUCUGCCACACGAGUCUCUGUUCAUUCUGGGCCAAAAAACAAAUAUGCGCUGGCUACACGGCAUUCGUCCGGAUAAGCGUCCUGAGUCGGAGAAGUCCACUGAAGAGCGGGCAUACGGCGGCGAACGUAUCUCAUUAACGUUCCGACACAUCGGGACGUUCCUAAACCCAACGGGCGAUACCAUCUGGGGCCAGGGCGCUGUGUCUAAGGAACAAGGCCAAGCAAGACCAGUAAUACACGGUGACGUAGCCGAGACGGAGCGACUGAUCCGCGCUUUCGGCCAGGAGAAUCAUGCUACCGGGUUCGACUGGGACGGUUUUUAUGGCAGUGGAUUUGAUGUGGUCAACUUUGUCACCGCAUCGACUGCGCAAGUGAUCCCAGGACAUGAUCCGGUAGCGAAUCUUCGAGUCCGACUGUGUUUGAGCGAGAGCAGUCUACGUUAUGAUGUGGUGACUACUGAACAAGCAUCUAUCAAGCCAAGUGACAAGCGGCCAGUCUACAUCGGAAUGGAUGACACCAUUAUCGCUGGUGAUGUUGAGAUCAUGAAUUACUUCGUGCAGCAGGCUCAUCUUGAAGCGCUGCGUCCAGGAAUAGAACGAUUGCAAGGAGGGGCUCAUCUGCGCGAGAUUGAAAAACUGUUGACGAGCUGGCGACAGCACCGUGAUCCUACAGAUUCACUCGACGCUUUGCGGCCAUGGGAAAUGGCACUGGAUGGCAAACACUAUCUGGGAGGAAGUAUUUUCACCGUCGACGACUGCUCCCUCUGGCCCGUCCUGUGGGAAAUCGUACAAACUAGAAGCAAAUUACCCGGCCGGUUCUCCAAUCUGCGUCACUACUAUAACCGAGUGGAGAAGCGCGGGCUGGUCAAGGCGGUUCUGGAAGAGUAA